AUGUCGCCAACCGCGCUGUGCACAGGAGCCGUCGGCUACACCGGCCGACCGACGCUGCGAUGGCGCGCGGCGCCGCGCUCGCGGUUCGAGGCGGCGAGGAGUCCAGCGGAGACGUCCUGUCGCGCGCGUCGCCGGCGCAGGGAGGCGCGCCACGUCGUGCGAGUGAGCGGAGCAGCCGCGGUGGACCCCGCGGGGAUCGCUGGGCCGGAGCUGGGCACCUCGGAGCUGGUGGAGGUCGCGUCACAUACAAUCAGCGAGCUCGGGGCCAUGGCCGUGGGGUGCGCGGUGUUGGUGGGUUCCUGCGUCCGGAGCGUCCCCCAGAUCGUCAAGAUCAUCCGGAGCAAGAGUGUCGAGGGAAUCUCGGUGGCCGCGGUGGCGUUCGAGCUCAUGGCGUACACCAUCACGACGUGCUACAACGCCUCGAAGGGCUACAACUUCACCACGUACGGAGACGCCACGUUCGCGGGGCUGCAGGACCUGGUGCUCAUCGGGCUGUUUGUGCUGUACGGCGGGCUGAACGGCCGGCGCGCGGCGGUCGCGACGUGCUCGCUCGCCGCCGCCGCGUGGUGGCUGGCGUCCGGCGCGUGCCCCCCGGAGGUCCUGUCGGCGCUCCAGGCCUGCACCAUCCCGAUGCUGGCCCUGGGCGGGCGCGUGCCUCAGAUCGUGCUGAACUUCCGGCGGGGCAACUCCGGGGAGCUCUCGGGGGCGACGUGCGCGCUGAACCUCGCGGGGAACGUCGCGCGGGUGUUCACGACGGCGGUGCUGACUCAGGACCGACUGAUGCUGGUGGCGGCGGCGACGCAGGGGGUGUUGAACCUGACGCUGCUGCUCCAGUGCUACGGGACGGCGAAGAGGGAGCAGGAAGACGCGCAGCUGACGGCGACGGCGGUCGGCGGGGCGCUCGCGUAG